AUGAUUGUUCAAGCCAUUGUACUUGUAGCUAUACUAUCAGUAUUGUUCAUUUACCUUUUGAAAAAAGUCAUUCUACCUUAUCUGAUUUGCACUGUAGUUGACAAGGUAUCAUUCGACAAGGAGCUUUUGAUAGACUCGGUUCAUAUUAAAUCUGUUACGGAUGACGGAUUGCAACUCUCUCUUUCUUUCCGGAUACCACUGCGAGCCUUUUUUUUUAAUAUAGGCAUAGUGUCUGUUCAGUUUACUUCUCCCAUCAGAAUUAUAGAUACUGUCAAAAACAACCAAUGGGCAGUGGUGCUGAUCGAUACUCCUAUAACACUUGGUGGUAGGUUUGGAUCCUCGGCUACUCAUUGGCAAGUGGAUCUCGACCCUGUGGAUGUGCUGAUUGCCGAUUCAAUCAAUAUACUCAAACCCAUUGUUCGUCGAGUGAACAUGGGAGGAGGAAAAGAAAUUGAAGGCAUCAUUGUUCGGUUAGAAGGAUGCAUCUCAAUCGACUUUUUUGGAUGGCUAACUGUCGAUCAUGUCGCCUUGGUCAAAACUGUAAACGUUGCCAAACUACAAGGUGGAUUUUAUCGUGAUGUGAGUGUGAUGGGUGUAAAGGGGUCGGCAAGAGCCAUCGCUAUUGAAAAUCAAAAGGCUGCUAAAGCAAGAUUGGCGGUAGCUGAAAAUCAAAAGGCUGCCGAAUUAAUAUCGAAUCAUCAGUCAGAGUUGGUAGAUUCAGCAAGUUUGGAUCAGAUCCAGAAACCCAUAUCAAGUUCACUAGAAACUCCAACCCAAACCCUUAUAGAUUCACAGUUGGAUCAGUCGAGUAUUUCUAAACACUCGACACCUGCUUUGGAGGAUAUUACUGCAAAACCAAUCAAGCAUAACACUGUAGAUUCAACUUCAACCCCCGAGGUGCGAGUCAAACAAAUGGAACUCGCCCAAUUCAUCACUCGUAACAAAAAUGGUAUUCCAACACUAAACAAAACAGCCAUUUACAAGGCAGUCAACGAAGCUACAAACGAUGCUCUUGAUCAACAAGGUAUUCGCGAACUAUUUGCUAUCCGUCAUAUUCAUCACCAUCCAGUUAUAACACAUAUGCGGUCCAUCAAUACAGGCCUCAACAUUCAAUUCGAUACCAUUCCCAGCCUUACGUUUAAAUUCUCUGCCAUCAAAUUCAAUGUGUUUUUCAAUGGCAGCAAAGUAGCAAAUGGGGUACUACGUGGCGUUGAGAUGCUAGAUACGCGCAAGGAUAUGCAGAUCUUGCUUGAAAUUGUUCCAUCUGUGGUGUCCAAUACACCGAUUCAGGGUAUUGCCACUACGGCUAAAGGUGUAUUAAAAGGAGCGCUAAAAGGGGCAUUCAAUGGGUUUCUUUUUGGCGAUUGGGGUGCAGAAGCGACUGUGUUUUCAAUCGCUGGCAUCCAAGUAGAAAACGAGCAAGGCAAUACUGUUCCUUGGAUUUCGGACCUGCUAUCCGUCAUGGAAUUGGAAUAUGACUUGGAUGCUGUUCGAAAAGUUGGAUCAUCUGCCAUGCAAGCAACAGGUACGCUUAAAGAAGUCAUGCUAAAAAUGACUGCUGGUGUAUUGGAAGCCUCUGGUUCAAUCGGAUCAAAAUGCUCUUUGAUGUAA